GGCCCCUCAGCAGCAGCAGGGAGCUCUACCGCUGCAGCUUCUCUGCUCUCAUGGUUCACAACCCGCCCCUUCCCACACUGAUUUUAUAAAGCUCCAGUCCCAUAGCUUUCUUGUAAUGGGAAGUGGCUGCUGGGUAGGGUUCUGCUAGCAGCUCCUGAAACCAUGGGGCUGAGCUAUAGGUAUUUUGUGAGCUUAGUACUGCUCUGGUCCCUGGGGACAGCACUUGGGCAGGAAGACUUCCUUAGGGUCAGUUUCUCUGUCUUGCAGCCUGAGUAUGAGUAUGACUGUGGAGAUUAUGGGAUGCAGCUGCUGGUCUUUCCCAGCCCAGGCCGCACUGUCCGCUUCAAAGUUGUGGAUGAGUUUGGGACAGCCUUUGAGGUUACUAACUGCUCCAUCUGCCUCCACUGGGUCACAUCUAACCAGGAAGGGGCUGUGAUCUUCUCAGCAGGCUACAAUGGCUGUCAUGUACUGAAGAAGGAUGGCCGUAACCACCUGCGGGUCCGUGUAGAAGAACUGCUGAGCACCAGAGCUAUUGCUGCCUCCCGUGACGUGAACAUGACCUGCCCCAAGCCCACUGAACAUGACUUAACCAUGCGCUAUGUGCCGCAGCCGGGCCCGGUGCUGCAGCCGCAGCCGGGCCUGGUGCGCCCAGUGCCACAGCCGCAGCCAGAGCCGGGCCUGGUGCGCCCAGUGCCGCAUCCGCAGCAGGGCCUGGUGCCGCAAAUCUAUCCUCCACUGAGUAAUAUCGGUGCCCGCCUGACACCGGAGCAGUGCCAAGUGGUGGCUGGGAAGAUCCCCUGUGCAAAUGCCCUUGACCAAGCUGCCUGCUUCCAGGCUGGCUGCUGCUAUGAUAGGACUGACCCAACUACUCCUUGCUACUAUGGAAACACAGUCACUCUUCAGUGCCUCAUGGAUGGUCACUUUAUUCUGGUGGUCUCCAGGGACAUGUCUGACCACCCCAUCAUCCUGGACAAUAUACGGCUAGCCUAUGCCCAGGCAGGGUGCAAUCCCAUCAGGAUGACAGAAUCUUUUGUGCUGUUCCGCUUCCCUCUCACACAAUGUGGCACCACAGUCCAGGUAAUUGGGGACAAAUUGAUCUAUGAGAAUCAGCUGAUCUCUGGCAUUGACAUACAGACUGGGCCAGAAGGCUCCAUCACUCGGGACAGCACCUUCAUCCUCCAUGCUCGCUGCAUCUACAAUGCCAGUGACUUCCUGCCAGUCCAGGUCAAGGUCUUCUUGCCCCCUGCACCUGCUCCAAUCAUCCAGGCAGGACCCCUCCGGCUUGAGCUGCGUAUCGCCACAGACCUGAACUACAGAUCGUAUUUCACGGAGAGAGACUAUCCUGUGGUGAAGGUACUCAGGGACCCUGUUUAUGUGGAGGUUCGCAUCCUGCAGAGAACAGACCCAUCCCUGGUUCUGGUUCUACACCAGUGCUGGGCCACCCAAAGUGCUAACCCCCUGCAGGUGCCACAGUGGCCCAUCCUGGUGGACGGAUGCCCAUUCCUAGGAGACAACUACAGAACCCAGCUUGUGCCCAUGGACCCUGCCUCAUCUGAGCUGCCCUUCCCAACUCAUCACCAGCGCUUUGUCCUCUCCACCUUUGCUUUUGUGGACUCUACUUCCCAGAUGGUACUCGAGGGACUGGUGUACAUCUUCUGUAGUGCCUCCGCCUGCUCACCAUCCCAGCUGGAGUCCUGCAGGACCAUAUGCCCAUCAGGGGUAACUACAAGAGGCCGUCGGUUCCUGACUAUCCAAAGUGGGACAGAGCCUCUUGAUGCGGUGAGCUCUCAUGGGCCUGUGAUUUUUCUGGGACAGCACAGAGGCAUUCAAAGAGCCAGUCUAUGGGAAUGAAGACUCUGGUUCUAGACUGGACCUGUCCCCUGUGCUCCUGGCUGGGCUCUUGCUGGUGACUGUGGUCUCCAUCCUCACUGCCAGGAUCCUGCUUUGGAAGAAAAAAGGUUGGAUGAUCAGGUUCCAAAACCCUCAUGGAGGAACAUUGUAACAAAAAACAAUAAAACUGGUUGUAUCCUG